CAAUGGCUGUGUUUGAUAUCGAAGCUGGGGAGUUGGAAGAGGCCUACCUUGACUUUGGACUCGAGUAUGAAGGCAACGAAGGAAUGGGGGAUCUCCUCUAUCAACUCCUCCACCAACUUCCUGUUAGAACACUCACAGUAUGCACGUAUAUGCUUCAGGUUCUGCCAUUGGAACUGAUAUCCAAUGGUGUAACUCCUGUCUUCGGGGUGGCGAAGUUAACUCUGAGGACCGCAAUGCUCAGUUGUGAGCAGAAAGGGGUCAAGUAUCUCCUCAGAAGUUGCCCUGUCUUGCAAGCUUUGACCAUCCAAAUAGUCCCUCAGAGACUAGUUGAUCUUGAUGAAGGUCAACCGGAUGAUGUACGUCAUGUAUGGACUCUAAAUGCACUGGAGUACCAUUGUAUAAACCAAACAUUGAGAGUUGUACAGGUGAAAGGUUACACAGGUACGAGACACGAAAUUGGCUUUCUGAAGUAUCUCUUUUGCCGUGGCCGUGUGCUCGAAAAACUUCAUAUUAGUAUCGGCGAGGAGCUUUUGAACCAGAGGAGUAUUGCUGAAAAUCGGCAACUUGUAAUUCAAACAUUUCAAGGUUUGAGAAGAGCUUCAAAUAAUCUCCGAAUAAAUACAUAUGGUAGAUGAUCGAUGGGCGCAGCUAGUUUGCCGUGGAGUUUGUUGUUGUUGCACUAAUACUAUAUGAUAAUAAAGACUAGUAUUGUAUGAACAAUUUAUAUCUUGUAUUUCGUUCGCAUGAUGGUAAAAGAUUGUACUAUUACAUGUACAAUUU